UGGUGUGCUUGACUCUGCGCAUGUGCAUUCAGUAUAAAAAUAAUACAAUACGUAAGCGGAGCUGCGCAGCAGCCAGCAAGCAGUCGUAGGUCAACGAAGUCGUUGCUUUAUUUCUAAAUUUAAACUAAAAAAUGGCUUGUGAUAACGCUAUUUGUGUAUGGAUUUGGGAGCAUUAUACACUCAUUAUACGUCUUUGGGGAAUAUUGACUGUAGUAGCAACAUGGGCCAUUGGUAUUGAUCAGUGUUCAAGUUUGAAGCCAUGGGUAGGAGCAUAUUUGGUAUUUGUUGCUGUGGUUUUAACUUUUUUAGAAGGAGCAUUUCUUAUUGGCUCUUGUUUGGAUAAAUGCUGCAACCUAAACAGUUGCUGCGGUAAAUUUUGGAGUGGUUUGAAGUGGUUUGACAACUGGAAACGUGGCGUACUUUACAUCCUUCUGUCUGUUGCAGUGUAUAUAGUCCCUGGAAUUGCUUACAUUGCAGCUAUUAUGCUAGAUAUCCUGGCAUUGAUGUAUAUAGCACGAUCAGUGAAGGGAAGAGACCCUAAACCAGUUGCUUCCACGAGGAAAGAGGAAUUCCACGAUGUGGUAGCAGUUGACGAAAGUCACGCCAAGAGUGCACGCGGCACUGGUUCCUACGAUGAUGACACAGAUCCGGCAGGAGACGCUGGAAUAUCACGCUAUCCAUGAUUGCAUGAUACAACAAACAUCUGGGUGAUAUUACAGUGCAAAUUCAGAAGUAACGCAUGUGAACUUAGCAGUCACAUGGAGAAUGUAAACCAUGUUUCUAAGUUUGACUUGAGGUAGUUUUUCUAGUCAAAUAAUAUUUGAUAAAAUGAUCUGACUAGGUUAUUUACAUUUUUAUAAUGACUAUUAAAAAAAAAAUUAAUUAAUGCAAAAUUCAGACGCCACAAUAUUCUACCAAAGUAACCUAACAUAACAAUUAGGAAAAAAGAUUCCAGUGACCCAAAUACCUUGAUAAUUGAAAAAACAAUCCCUUCAUAUCUUGGAUUUUCAGUUCUCACUUUUAGUAGUUAGAUGUAUUACUUUUUUAAAUCUAUAUUUUGUUUUUUUAAUUAUUUAUAUUGAUCUAUCUAUCUUGCUUAUGUUUUGUAGCAGUAGAAACACAAUUCUUUGCAUUGUGUAUUUGUAUAAAUCUUAUUAGAGAAGGAUCAUAGCAGAUAGAAAGUAAUGGAAUUGUCACUUUCAGAGAAAAGUGAUUAGUGGUUAACUACAGUAUAGUAAAAUUACAACUAUUCAGGGAAAAAGUUAUUAGAUGCAUUCCGUAUAUUUUGUUUCCAUAGAGAUUUUAUUGAAAUUGUUUAAUUUACAUUGGUGGUGGUAUUUUUCACCGAGAAUUUUCAGUUUGUUAUUGUUUAGAACCUGUUGCUAUGGUGCAAUAUAAUUUCUUCCAACAUUCAUGCUCAUGUUUUUAAUAUUAAAUUGUAUAAACAACUGAAAAAAGUAAUUCCUAAAUGAUGAAUUAGAUUUUAGCACAGCAGAACUUUGCUGGCAUUUGCAAAUGUUGAAAACAACAUUCUAAUGAGUUUACUAACAAAUGUAGGCCUAAUUCAAGGUGAGAAAAUGUACGUCAGUUGUAAAUAGGUGAAAAUAUUUGUUUGUGUGUAGUUUAUUGGCAGUUUGCCUUGUAUCUUGUUUUGUAUAUCAUUUUUAUAGAUCGCUUUAUUGUUGCACUUGGAACUAUCCGUACUACAUAUGUACUUAUAAACAUAAACUACUGUAUUUAUACGACAGUAUAAACUGUCAUAUUUAUAGGCCUUUUACACAGAACAGCACGAUUUUUUUUUGUAUACAAUUAUACUUGUUUCUAAUUUAAAUGAAAUAUUUUUAUCUUUAAUAGCUAUUCCUUCAUUAUUGUUAUGCUUGUUUGUUAGCAUGUUUUCAAUUACUUUAUAUUCAUUUUAACUGGGAUUGGGAUCUUUACCCAAAUUCCCCACCUUCUGUUGACGUUGUGUUCACACAAUGAAAGUCAAAAUAGUUAUUUGAUUUGAGUGCAUAUACCGAAACAUAUUAUAGGCCAAUAUAGAUAACAUUCAGUAUAUUUUAUGUUGCCCAACCUAUUUAUUUAACCUUUUUUUUAUAUAUCAUUUAUCUUAUUUCUUUACUUUAUUUUGUUGUAUUGGUAGGGCAAUUUGUGCUAUAAAAGAAAUAAUUAUAAUAUUAAUAUAUAGAUAAAUGACAGUCAAACAAAUAUGUGUGCAUAUAUCAUCACUUCACGCUUAAUUGUUAAUAUCUUGGAGUUUGUUUACCUUUAGAUUUUGGAGUAUACUAUCAAAUUUUAUGUGACAAAUUUGUGUGAUUUACAAAUAUAUGGUUUACCAACCUCUAAGGUUGUGGUUUCAAUCCCUCACUGUAGAUUUCACUUGUUUCCUUAAGCAAGGCACUUUAAUAUACCUGGUGGGGUUGCCUGCUCCUGUGCUGAUUACCAGCUAUGUGGACCCAAUGACCAGGUUAAAAAAAGAAGCUCUGCAAAGAGAGGGCGCUAUAUAGAUGAUAGAAAUAAAAGAAAUAAUAAUAAUGGUCAUGAUGAUGUCAUAGUAGUACACCCAAACAUGAGUAUAUCACAUUUUUUUUUGUCACAUAAAAUUUUGUAGUGUGGACCGAAUUUCAGAUAACACAUUAGUUUCUAAUGAGUAGAGUAUUUCAACAGGGUACUGUAUUUUAACAUGCUUUAUGGCCCUGUGACACCUUGACGCUUUAGUCAGCGUAUGCCGACGUAUCAAAAUUUCUCUAAAAUGCUGGCAUACACUGAACUAUCGAUAUGGUUUUUUUUUUCAAUUUUGGGUACAUUCAUAACGAGUUCGACAUAUACAUAACGUAUUUGUAUUUUUUUUUAAAUUUUGGGCACAUUCAUAGCAUAUUCAUAACGAGUUUGACGUAUACAUAACGUAUUAGUAAUUUAUUUAGAACGUUUUGAUAACUUAAGAAAUUUAUACCAACGACUGCUUAACGUGUUGCCGGCGUUCACAACUUAUGCCCAACAAUAAUCUACCUUAUGCAGAGUGCAUGGCAGCGUAUAGCCGACGAUUACAUGACAUAGACUAUAAAAAGGCUGCCGCUCGUCAAUUCAAAACAUAACCACACUAGACAUGGCAGUAUCAACAUCACCAUAUUAUCAUUACCCAAUUUUUAUAUACCUGUUCCCCUAAAUGCUGCCUAUACGCCAUUAUAUGGUAACUGUAAGUUAGAAACAUCUUCAGUAAUUUCUGUGGUUGUCUGGAACACGUCAAAUACGUCUACAUACGUCAGAUUUUUCAUACGCUGGCUAAAUCGUCAACGUGUGACAGUGCCAUCAGGUUUUUCCAUAAUGAUUACAAUUUUUCUGCUUGUGAUCUACUGAAAAUCACACACUAAUAGAAUGAAUAAGCAGUGGAUAUUUAGCCGGUAGAAUGCCUAUUAGUUUAGACAAAUUUCCAGUUUAGACAGCACAUUCCAAACCUAAAGUAAAACUCUGUCCACUCUACACUAUCAAAUUUGUGUAAUGUGCUCAUAUAUGGGCAUGAUUAUGUCAUAUUUACACUUAAUUAUGUCUAUCACAUUUAUUUGUCACAUGAAGUUCGAUAGUGUGGCCAGAGCUUUAAGGAUAGGCAGAUUUGAGUUAAAGCCGGCAAAAUAAACACUUUUAAUAGAACGUUAACAGACUGCAAGCAAAAUAAUAGGUAAUAGAUUACACAGUAAAGUACUAGAGUCAGCUUGUGUAAGAGGCUAAUAUAUAUUUCUUGCCAGCUAAUGAGGCUGGUCUACAAUAUUUUGUACCAUUGUUUUCUUAAUAGGGGUAGGCCAAAUAUUUAAAUAUUGGUACAUUACAUUAGUAGGGAAUGCUAACCGUGAAGUAGAUCCAGUGGAAUUUGUAAUUGAUUUUUCCAUGUUUUCAUCAAUUAAUGGUAUUAAAAUUUCUUGUACUAUAUAAUGAACA